UUCUUAACUGCAACCUUGCUAUCUCGAUUUUUAUUCCACAAAAUAAUUUCCGAUGUAAGGAUUUGGAGCACGAGCGUUCUUGUCGGGGUAAAAUAGGAUCCGAGAUCAUCCAUUGUAUUAUUGAUUAAAAAGAAAUUGCAGAUUUGUACACUUUAAAUAUUCAAAAUGGUUCGAAUGAAUGUGUUAGCAGAUACUUUGAAAUCUAUAAAUAAUGCAGAAAAGCGUGGCAAAAGGCAAGUUUUAAUACGUCCAUGCUCCAAAGUUAUCAUUAAAUUUCUCACUGUCAUGAUGAAACAUGGUUACAUUGGAGAAUUCGAAAUUGUAGAUGACCACAGGGCUGGAAAGAUUGUAGUCAAUCUGACAGGACGAUUGAACAAAUGUGGUGUCAUCAGCCCACGGUUUGAUGUCCAGCUCAGAGAUUUGGAAAAGUGGAUGAGGAAUUUGUUGCCCUCCAGACAGUUUGGAUACCUAGUGCUCACCACUUCUGGAGGUAUUAUGGACCAUGAGGAAGCAAGGAGAAAACAUUUGGGGGGCAAAAUUUUAGGAUUCUUCUUUUGAUGUAAUAUAAUUGAAAAAUAAAAGUGAAAAAAUUAA